AUGGCUCUCAAUCAAGAUCUCUCGUUACCAAAGACGGCCCCAAAUAGCAACCGACAUCGUGCUACUGCGGGAGAAAGCUAUGUACAAGCUGUCUACUCAAUUCUCCCCCUUGACUUGGGAAUUCUAGACGAUUUAGUGAGCCGACUAAAUGCAGCCGAAGUGAUCGAGCCCGGGACUUGUAAACUGGCUCCCAAAUACGACUUCGCCAAUCGCCCACUUCGUGACAUCUACGAUUACCACCUCCAGCUCCGCGACCAGGAUCACUCAAUCCACCCCCUUUACUUCAUCGUAGCCAUUGAUGCUGAUUACAAGGAAAAUGGCGUACUGGUCGUGCACCUGCACACGGGCCAAGACGGGGAGGAAGACCGCGUUGACAAGGCCCGGUGUAGCGCAGAUUGGGCCGCGGGCUGGGGCUUGAACCUAGACAUUGGUAACAUGGCUUGGGAGGACCUCAAGGAGGAAGAAGCAGAGGAAUGGGGAGACAAAGCCAUGUCAUGGACGCCGGAGUCGAACCAGCCUAAGCAGCUGGGGACUACGCCGCCCCGGUUCCAAUACGCUUGCUUCAGUCUAGUCGAGAACGCACUAGACCUUCCAGAAAAGCUCCAGCCCAAUUAUUAUAGCACGCCCGUAGAACACAGGCGCGUGAUCCUUGGCGGGAACUACUCUACUGCCGGCGGGUUAUCCGAAGUCAUACGCCUAUUUCCAUGGUUCUGCAAGUCGCACCCAGAGACUCACAGACAGAUGGUCAUUGUAGCCGACAAGCCCUGCUUCGAAGCCGACGACGCCGUGGCGCUUCUGCGUUUCGACUGGGACGGUAAUGUAGACGCACAUGACGAUGUCGGAAUCACCAAGUUGGACCUUAAGUAUGAAACGGUUAAAGCAGUUGCUGUUGAUAAAGCAGUUGCCGAGUUGGAUCAGUACUGUCGAGAUUUCGGGCUGCCACAAGCAGAAGAGUAG